AGGAGUAUCAGUUCAUGCCUGUACGUGGAUCAUCAGCAUAUGUUGCCUCUUGUACACCACUUUUGGAGGUCUCAGAGCAGUUAUGUGGACCGACACAAUACAGAACGUGUUCACACUUUUUGGGACAAUUUUCGUCGUUGUGGUUGGGUUCUGGAGACUCGGCGGUCCACGAGAGGUUUUAAGAAUAAAUGAGCAAGGAACAAGACUAGAAAUUUUCAAUCUAAAUCCAGAUCCUACAGCACGUAAUACGUUUUGGACUAUUAUGAUUGGCUACACAUGUAGUUACCUGACUGGUAUCGUAGCCAACCCCGGGUCCGUCCAGAAGUUCCUCUCAGUCCCCACGUACAGACACACCAAGUGGGUUUUAUUCUACAGCGCUGUUGGUUUGCUAUUGAUAAACUGCCUGUGCUAUUCCUUGGGCUUGAUACUCUAUGCGAGAUAUCAUCAGUGUGAUCCUGUCGCCGCUGGAGUAAUCAGGAAAGCCAAUCAAAUGGUGCCCCUGUACGUGAUGGAAGUUGGUAGAGACUAUCCUGGUAUCGCGGGACUGUUCAUGUCUGGAGUCAUGAGUGCAGCUCUCAGUACACUGUCAGCCUGGCUUAACACUAUUGGAGGAAUAUUGUAUAAAGAUUUCUUGGAAGUGUUCUAUCCCGGGGUACAACAUUCUGAAGCCAAACAGUCCACUUUUAUAAAAUCAAUUGUUGUCAUUAUAUGCAUAAUAUGCGCAUCUCUGGUUGGUGUAGUUGAAAAACUAGGGACCGUGUAUCAGGUGGCGGUGAGCCUAAUGGGCAUUGCUCAGGGAGCGACCUUUUCUCUUUUUACUCUUGGCGUAUUCUUCCCACGUGCUAAUUCAAAAGGUGCCAUAGCAUCAGCGGUUGCGAGUCUACUGGUAACCAGUUGGGUGAUCUUAAACGCCCAAUUAUAUGCUUUGGAUGGAAAACUUCGAUUCCCCGGUAAAGUCACCAGUAUAGACAACUGUCCUGCCAGUAUAUGUGAAAAUUUUAAUUCAAGUACAUCAAGCCUCUUCAACUAUACUGGGGUAGGAUCUCCCGUGGUCGCGGAUAGUUCUGUACCGCUCUUGUACCAACUGUCUUACAACUAUUACUCUCUGCUUGGCACUCUGACUGGAGUAGUGGCAGGCCUGAUCGUGUCCUUACUCACCGGAACUCCCAACACCGCAACAAUGAACCCUGACCUCUUCAGCCCCUACGUGCGCAGAUUUCUGCCAAGAGCGAAUCAGCAAUUACAUCUUAACAAAAAUGAAUAUAUUUUGACAUCCACGAAUGACGUAGACAAGACAUUAACAACAUAGUAUAGCUAUGUUAAUUAAGCAUUAAUUCCAAGUAAAAACAUAAACUUAAUAAUCUUUUGAGGGCAAAAAAUAUAUUUCAUUUUCUUACAAUGAACAAAAUAUGAACACAUGCUAUGAUAUUACUUUUAGUUUAGUUUUAGCAUUAAAAAAAUAAUUAGAUGAAGGUACAGUACAAGUGUAAGUUUAAGUUGUGUACAAAUUACUGUAAAUAAAUGCCUUACAAAAUAA